UGGCAACAGGCUCAACGUUUUCCCACAUCUUCUGUACAAUGGAGUGGCCGUGGCCCGUGCGUCUGCGUCCUAACGUAAUGCCGUACCUCACAAACAAAUACGGACAGAAUAUGAGAAAUGCGAAAGGGCAGUCUUGGCAAACCAAAUUUAGAUUUGAGAAACCAUUUUAUUAUUAUUAUUAUUAUUUUAUUUUCUUUUGAGAAAAUUGGGAAACCAAAUUUAAAAUUGGAAACCAAAUUUAUAUCUAUAUAUUAUAUAUUUUUUUUCCCUCCAGCCUCAAGGUCUCUUUGUCACUCUCUCUUUCCAUCUUCACUCUUUUAGUCUCAGUCGGCCGUGAAGGAAAGCAAGAAAGAAAGCUUAGUAGAUGGGUUCUAAGGAACAAUGUGGUGUCCCGGCAAUUGUGAAUCAAGAACUGGCCGUCACCCCUCCAAAGUAUUCUUUAAUGAGCAGAAAAGGAACUGGACGUGCAGGGCGCCGGAUACCUUUACUGGCAAAUCAUUUUAAUGUUUCCCUUAAUGUCCCAGAUGCAGUAUUUUAUCACUACAGUGUAUCUAUUACUUCAGAAGAUGGUAAAGAAGUUAAUCUUAAGGGAAUUGGAAGAAAAGUUAUUGAUAGGCUGCACCAAACUUAUUCUUCUGAAUUUUCUGGUAAAAGGUUUGCAUAUGAUGGAGAGAAAAGUCUUUACACAGUUGGUCCUCUGCCACAAAUCAAGUUUGAGUUCACUGUUGUCUUGGAGGAGUCAUUAGCAAAGCAGGAAAAUGGGAGUCCUGGUGGCAGGGAUAAUCCCAGUGAAAAGAGUAAACGCUCAAAACGCUCUUAUCACUCAAAGACUUUUAAGGUAGAAUUAAGUUAUGCUACCAAAGUACCUUUGAGGUCGGUUGCUCUUGCUCUUAAAGGAGUUGAUGCAGAUAAUAGCACUCAGGAUGCAUUGAGAGUGCUUGAUAUCAUCCUUAGGCAGCAAGCAGCUAACAGGGGAUGCCUUAUGGUAAGGCAGUCAUUUUUUCACGACGACUUGAGGAACUUCACUGAUGUUGGAGGUGGAAUAACUGGUGUUCGAGGGUUACAUGCUAGCUUUCGCCCAACUCAGAAUGGCUUGUCCCUCAAUAUGGAUGUGUCCACAACGUUGAUUUUGAGACCUGGAUCUGUUAUUGAAUUUCUGAUAGCUAAUCAGGGUGUACAAAAUAUUCGUCAAGUUGAUUGGGGGAAGGCAAAGCGAAUGCUUAAAAAUCUGAGGAUUAAAACAAGACACCGCCACAUGGAGUUUAAAAUCAUAGGCUUGACUGACAAGCCAUGCCGUGAUCUAUUUUUUAACAUGAAAGUGAAAAAUGGUGAUAAUACAAAUGGAGACGAGACUGAAGAAAUAUCUGUGUACGACUAUUUUAUGAAACACUGUGGUAUAGAGCUACGUGAAUCUGCUUACCUGCCAUGCCUUAUUGUUGGCAGACCAAAAAAACCUAACUUUCUACCUCUUGAGUUGUGUUCACUUGUUUCGCUUCAACGGUAUACAAAAGCAUUAUCUUCUGGGCAGAGGGCAUCGCUGGUGGAAAAAUCUCGACAAAAGCCUCAGGAAAAGAUGAAAAUUGUCGUUGAUGCAGUAAGAAAUUACCGCUAUGAUAGUGACCCAUUGCUAGCUGACUGUGGCAUCUCUAUAGAGAAGCAAUUUACUCAAGUUGAUGGUCGCAUCCUUGAUCCCCCAAAGUUGGAGUUUGGUAAUGAUCGUGGCUUUGCCCCAUCUAACGGGAGAUGGAACUUUAACAAUAAGACUGUUUUGACGCCAAUUAGCAUUAGCUGUUGGGUUGUGGUCAACUUCUCUGCGCGCUGUGAUAUGAGUAAAAUUUCAAGGGAUCUUAUUAGCUGUGGAAGGAAGAAAGGAAUUCAAAUUGAUGGGCCGAAAACAUUAAUUGAUGAAGAUCAUCUAUCUCGCCGAGGAUCCCCUGUUACAAGGGUUGAAAAGAUGUUUGAGCUGAUUAGAGACAAGGUUCCAGGCCCACCUGAGUUUAUCCUUUGCCUCUUGCCGGAGAGAAAAAAUUCUGAGAUCUAUGGGCCAUGGAAGAAAAGAUGCCUAUGUGACUUCGGAAUUGUCACCCAGUGUAUCGCCCCAUUUAAGGUCAACGAUCAAUAUCUAACCAAUGUUCUUCUGAAAAUCAAUACCAAGCUUGGGGGGAUUAAUUCUUUGUUGGCAAUUGAAAAACCUUCACGAAUUCCUGUCAUAAAAGAUAAUCCCACAAUGAUUUUGGGAAUGGAUGUGUCCCAUGGGUCUCCUGGGCGCUCAGAUGUCCCUUCAAUAGCUGCGGUGGUUAGCUCUCGAAGUUGGCCAUGUAUUUCAAGGUAUAGAGCAUCAGUAAAAACACAGUCACCUAAAAUGGAGAUGAUCGAUGGUCUAUACAAGCCCUUGGAAAAUGGAAAGGAUGGUGGAAUCAUAAGGGAGCUGCUUAUUGACUUCUACCAAACAAGUAAUGCGCAGAAACCUAAUCAGAUAAUUAUUUUCAGGGAUGGAGUAAGUGAAUCACAAUUCAAUCAAGUCUUGAACAUUGAGUUGGAUCAAAUCAUAAAGGCGUAUCAACAUCUAGGGGAGGAAAACCUUCCUAAGUUUACUGUGAUUGUGGCACAGAAGAAUCAUCACACAAAGUUAUUUCAAGCUGGUGGUGCCAACAAUAAUAUUCCACCAGGAACUAUUGUGGACAAUGGAAUUGUGCACCCAAGGAACUAUGAUUUCUAUCUGUGCUCUCAUGCUGGGAUGAUUGGAACUUCUAGACCAGCACACUACCAUGUCCUUGUUGAUGAGAUCGAUUUCUCUCCUGAUGACUUACAAAACCUUAUCCACUCCUUAUCUUAUGUGUACCAAAGAAGCACAACUGCAAUAUCAAUAGUUGCUCCAAUAUGUUAUGCCCAUCUUGCUGCAUAUCAAAUGGGCCAGUUCAUCAAGUUGGACGAUUUCUCCGAUACUUCUUCAGGACAGAGAUCAGUUAGUUCUUCGGGUAGUAUUCCUGUUCCAGAUCUCCCUAAGUUGCAUGACAAUGUUAAGACCUCUAUGUUUUUUUGUUGAGGUGCUGUGGACUGGAUAGCUUUUGGCUGACAUAGUUUGAAUUUCUUUUUUACACUGAAGAAAAGGUCUUUGACAACGUACAUACAUAGAUUAACAAAAGGACAGAUGGAUUUUAGCCUUUUAGGUGGGUAAUGUAGUGACAUAGAAAAUACUGGAAAAGAAUAGUUUAGUUCAGUUAUGGAAUCUUUGUGAUGCACAGUACUUUUAGGUCAACAAUAGUUAACUUCAUUGUUUAGGAAUUGAGUUAUCUGGAAAACCAAUUGCUCGGGAAAAGCUGUAACCAUUUAUAUAUAUAUAUAUAUAUUUCUAAAUAUAUAUAUAUUGGAAUUUUGCGAUUGCUUAAAUCUUGAGAGUAUGUAUGUCUAUGGCAUUGUGACAAUGGAAUUCUGCUCUUUUAUCUCAUUAUUAUUAUUUUUAUUUCAA